GAAGGCUCCAGAAGGCCCUCGCGAUAUCUCAGAACUUCGAUCACUUUCUCUUGCCGCUCCUCCAUUUUGUUCACAUGCUCUGUGCUCCCUUUCGAUUGCCUUCUUCAUUGUUUAUCUCGAACCCUAAACCUCUCGCGCUUCGAUCGAGCAACUAAACCUUUCAGAAGCAGAAUGGCUGACCAAACUUACACGGUCGUGUAUGACGGUGAAACAAGUGUUGAUGACAAUCCUAAGCCGCUUCCCACGGAGCUUGCGAUUGGUAUAGAUAUUGGGACAUCUAAAUGCACUGUUGCUAUCUGGAAUGGCUCAAGAGUGGAACUGCUGAGAAACACAAGAAACCAAAAGUUGAUUCGUUCUUGUGUCCUAUUCAGGGAUGAAAUCCCUUCAGGAGGAGUGAGCACUGAAGUUCCUCAUGGCGACUCAGAAAUUCUAUCUGGAAGUGCAGUUUUUAACAUGAAACGGUUAAUUGGAAGAAUUGAUACAGACCCAGUUGUCAAUGCCAGCAAAACUCUCCCCUUCAUGGUACAAACUUUGGGCAUUGGUGUCAGGCCAUUCAUUGCUGCACUAGUAAAUAAUGUUUGGAGGUCCGUCACACCUGAAGAAGUCCUUGCAAUCUUCCUACUGGAAUUAAAAGCAAUGGCGGAACUGCAGCUUAAGAGGCCAAUACGAAAUGCAGUUCUUACUAUUCCAGUCGCAUUCAGUAGGUUUCAACUUACUAGAAUUGAGCGGGCCUGUGCAAUGGCAGGCAUAAAUGUCUUCAGGUUGAUGCCAGAGCCUACUGCUGUUGCACUUUUAUAUGCACAACAGCAGCAGCAAACCAUGCAUGAAAACAUGGGAAGUGGCAUUGAAAAGGUUGCUCUUAUAUUUAGUAUGGGUGCUGGCUAUUGUGAUAUUGCCAUAACGGCAACAGCGGGUGGAGUCUCCCAGAUUAAGGCAUUGCUGGGAAUCCCCCUUGGUGGAGAAGAUAUACUUCAAAAUAUCCUGCGCUAUGUUUUACCAGAUUUUGACAGCUUAUGCUCAAAUAAUAGUUUGGAGAUGAUCAAUUCGAUGGCAAUGCUUAGAAUUGCUGCCCAAAAUGCAAUUCAUAAACUUUCCUCCCAAACUAGUGUUGAAAUCAAUGUGGAUUUGGGCGAUGGGAACAAAAUAUCCAGAUCGUUGACCCGUGCAGAGUUUGAAGAGGCGAAUCAUGAGGUGUUUGUGAAGUGUGAGAAGCUGAUUGCUCAAUGCCUACUUGAUGCCAAGUUGACUGCAGAAGACUUGGUUGAUGUGAUAUUAGUUGGUGGGUGUUCAAGCAUUCCUAAGAUUCGAAGCCUGGUGCUUGGCUUAUGUAAGAAGGGAGAUUCAUACAAGGGAAUUGACCCACUGGAGGCUGCUGUCUGUGGUGCUGCUAUGGAGGGAGCUAUUGCUUCUGGAGCAAGUGAUCCGUCGGGUAGUUUGGAUUUGCUGACCAUUCAGGCGACUCCCAUGAGCCUCGGUAUUCUUUUGGAUGGAGAUUGUUUUGCUCCUGUUAUUCAUAGGAACACACCAGUUCCUGCCAGGAAGGAAAUGCUGUUCACUACUACUCAUGACAACCAGAGCGAGGCCCUAAUUGUAGUAUAUGAAGGAGAGAGCAAGAAAGCAGAGGAGAACAACCUAUUGGGUUACUUCAAGAUCACUGGGAUCCCUUCGGCGCCAAAGGGCUCUGCUGAGAUCUGUGUCUGCAUGGAUAUUGAUGCUUCAAAUAAUCUGAGAGUUUAUGCAGGAGCGUUUUUACUUGGUACUAAAAAAGCUGUGUCACCAUUCCUGGAGGUGAGGAUGCCGACGGUGGAUGAUGGCCAUGGCUGGUGUGGACAAGCUCUGGUUAGGAUGUAUGGUGCUACCAUGGAUUUGACCAGUAUACCAAAGAAAGUCUAGCAGUCCCCUUUGAACAUUUCAGUCCUAUUUGCGAGAGUAUAUUUAGGUGAAGGUAAUGUGAAUUGCUAGAGUUUGGUUUCUUCUCCAUGUCAAGUUUUUGUGGAAUGUUUGUGCUGUGUUGUGUUCGUAUUUUAAAUGAACUUGUUAGUGCUGCAUUGGAAAUUAUAACUUGAAUUUGAAGAUUUAUUUUUACCU